AUGAAGAAGAUAGAAGACAACAACAUGCUUGUGUUCACUGUUGAUGUUAAAGCCAACAAGCACCAGAUCAAACAGACUGUAAAGAAGCUCUGGGACGUGGAUGUGGCCACGGUCAACAUCCUGAUUCGGCCUGAUGGGAGAGAAGAAGGCAUAUGUUUGACUGACUGGCUCCUGAUUACGAUGCUUUGGAUGUUGCCAACAAACUUGGGAUCAUCUAAACUGAGACGGAGCAGCAUUCUGCUCAGUCCAGACCCAGGCGUGGUGGGCACCGCGAGGGCGGAGCUGCGUUCUGCUCAGCAAGACCCGGGAGACACCGCCAAGGCGGAGCAGCCUUCUCCUCAGCACAGACGUUGGCGGCACCGCCUCGCUUUGGGACAACUCGGGGCCAAUUCCACGGUGCAAAAAAAUCUUCUGAUUGUUGCCCUGAAUAAUGAAGACUCAGUAGAGGAAGCUGAGACUGAGCAGCUGCAGGAACAAGAAAUACCUCCACCUUGCCUGGGCCUGGAGCCACAGGAGACCCUUCCGAAGGUGAGGAAUGUUCUGGAACAAUGCAAGGCCUGCCCAGGCUGCCCCCAGGAGCCAGCGUCCUGGGGUCUCUGUGCAGCAUCCAGCAACGUGAGCUUGCAGGACCCCGAGGAGCCCUCCUUCUGCUUGGAAGCUGAAGACGACUGGGAGGAUCCAGAGGCCCUGAUCUCACGGCUGCUGUUCCUGAACACCUCCGGAUACAAGGCCAGCUUCUGUGGCCUGUACAACGUGGCGCUGCCAUGGCUGAGCGGCAUGUUCUGCAGCUUUAGCGACGAGGAGGAGCUGACUGGGCGCCUGGCACAGGCCCGAGGGGCAGCCAAGAAAGCUGGCCUCCUCAUGGCCCUGGCCAGGCUCUGCUUCCUCCUGGGGCGGCUGUGCUGCAGGAGGCUCAAGCUGUCCCAGGCCCGGGUGUACUUUGAGGAAACACUGGCGACCCUGGACGGCAGCUUCGGGGACCUGUUCCAGGUGGUGGCUGUGUACGCCAACCUGACCAGCAUUUACUAGAAGCAGAACUGGGAGAAGUGUACACAGGUGGUUCCCAAAGCCAUGGCCCUGCUCCUGGGGACGCCCGGCCACAUCUACAGCACCGAGGCAGACGGGGAGCUCCUGCAGCUGGCGCUGCAGUGGGCGGUGGGUGGCCAGAGCCUGCAGGCCGAGGCCCGGGCCUGCUUCCUGCUGGCCAGGCACCAUGUGCACCUCAAGCAGCCCGAGGAGGCCCUGUCCUUCCUAGAGCGGCUGUUGCUUUUGCACAGGGACUCGGGAGCCCCAGAUGCUGCGUGGCUCUCAGACUGCUCCCUGCUCCUGGCUGACAUCUACAGCCACAAGUGCCUGCCCCACCUGGUGCUGAGCUGUGUCAAGGUGGCCUCAUUGAGGACACAGGACUCGCUGGCCAGCUCGCUGAGGAGCGUGAACCUGGUGCUCCAGAACGCCUUCCAGCCCCACAGCCUCCCCACCUAGACUUCCCACUACCUCAGGCGAGCGCUGGCCUCCCUAACUCCGGGCACAGGCCAGGGUCUGCAUGGCCUUCUCCACGCCAGCCUGGCCCAGCCGUACAGCCACCAUGGCUACCACGGCCCGGCCAUCACCUUCAUGACGCAGGCGGUGGAAGCCAGUGCUGUUGCUGGAAUCUGUGCCAUCGUGGAUACCCUGGUGGCUCUGGCCUGGCUGCACAUGCUUCAUGGGCAGAGCCUGGUGGCCUUGAACAUCCUGCAGUCUGUUCAGGAUGCAGUGGUGGCCAGCGAGCACCAGGAAGGUGUGAUUGCCAACAUGGUGGCCGUGGCUCUGAAGAGGACGGGCCGGACGAGGCAGGCAGCCGAGGGCUACUACUGCACCCUAUGGGCGGUUUGGGACCUGGGCCAGCGGAGGAACCAGGCAGUGGUGCUGGCCAACUUCGGAACCCUGUGCCUGCACGUGGGUGCCAGCAGGCUGACCCAGCACUACCUUCUGGAGGCCGUGCGUCUGUUCUCGAGGCUUCCCUGUUUGGAGUGUGGCUGGGACUUCACCCACGUACUCCUGCAGCUGGGUCACCUCUGCACCCGCCAGGGCCCGGCCCAGCAGUGCAAGGGCUACUGUGAGUGGGCCCUUCUGGUGGCCGUGGAGAUGGACCACGUGCAGAGCCAGCUGCGGGCCGUCCAGUGGCUGUGCUACUUCUACAGUGUCGUCAUGCCCAGCGAGGCCUAGCGUGUCAUCUACCACAAGUUCCAGCUCUCCCUGGCCCACAAGGUGACCGACAAGGUGCUGGAGGGGCAGCUCCUGGAGACCAUCAGUCAGCUCUACCUGUCCCUGGGCACCGAGCGGGCCUACAGAUCCACUCUGGACUACACCAAACGAAGUCUGGGGAUUUUCAUUGACCUCCAGAAGAAAGAGGAGGCGCAUGCCUGGCUGCAAGCAGGGAAGAUCUACUACAUCCUGCGGCAGAGCGAGCUGGUGGACCUGUACAUCCAGGUGAGUGGCAAGGGAUGCAGGAGGGCCCCUGUGCUGUUCACUCUCUGUCCAUCCAUCCAUCCCUGGCUGAGCCUCGACCGCUGGACCCCAAGGAUGCCGGCGGCACUGACACCACUAUGGGCUUGGCCGCUGCCCUGGGUGGUAGUCAGCCAUGUCAUCAAGUGA